AUGGAGCAGCCCGAGGACAUGACGUCGCUGAGCGAGUUCGACUCCUUGGCGGGCAGCAUCCCGGCCACCAAGGUGGAGAUCACCGUGUCCUGCAGGAACCUUUUGGACAAGGACAUGUUCUCCAAGUCUGACCCACUGUGCGUCAUGUAUACUCAAGGGAUGGAGAACAAGCAGUGGAGGGAGUUCGGACGCACCGAAGUCAUCGACAACACUCUCAACCCCGACUUCGUGCGCAAAUUCAUUGUGGAUUACUUCUUCGAGGAGAAGCAGAACCUCCGUUUCGACCUAUACGACGUUGACUCGAAGAGCCCAGACUUAUCCAAACACGAUUUCCUGGGCCAGGCCUUCUGCACCCUCGGAGAGAUUGUGGGGUCCCCCGGGAGCCGCCUGGAGAAGCCCCUGACGAUAGCAGCGUUCAGCCUGAACUCCAGGACGGGCAAACCCAUGCCGGCUGUGUCCAGCGGAAGUGGUCUCUGGAUGGAAAGUUUGAGAACCCCUGGCCUGGAAGCCUCCGGCGGCGUCCCAGGGAAGAAAUGCGGCACCAUCAUCCUGUCCGCCGAGGAGCUCAGCAACUGUCGGGAUGUUGCCACAAUGCAGUUCUGUGCCAACAAGCUGGACAAGAAAGAUUUCUUCGGGAAGUCCGACCCGUUCCUGGUGUUCUACAGAAGCAACGAGGACGGAACGUUCACCAUCUGCCACAAGACUGAGGUCAUGAAGAACACCCUAAAUCCAGUGUGGCAAACUUUCUCCAUUCCCGUGAGAGCCCUCUGCAACGGGGACUAUGAUCGGACCAUCAAGGUGGAGGUGUACGACUGGGACCGCGAUGGCAGCCAUGACUUCAUCGGGGAGUUCACCACCAGCUACCGGGAGCUGGCCCGCGGGCAGAGCCAAUUCAACAUCUACGAGGUGGUAAACCCAAAAAAGAAAAUGAAGAAAAAGAAAUACGUGAAUUCUGGCACCGUCACGCUGCUGUCCUUUGCUGUGGAGUCAGAGUGCACAUUUCUCGACUACAUCAAAGGAGGGACCCAGAUCAACUUCACAGUGGCCAUCGACUUCACGGCCUCCAACGGGAACCCCUCGCAGUCCACGUCCCUGCACUACAUGAGCCCCUACCAGCUGAACGCCUACGCGCUGGCGCUGACCGCCGUCGGGGAGAUCAUCCAGCACUACGACAGCGACAAGAUGUUCCCCGCCCUCGGCUUCGGGGCCAAGCUGCCCCCCGACGGCAGGGUGUCCCACGAGUUCCCGCUGAACGGCAACCAGGACAACCCGUCGUGCUGCGGCAUCGACGGCAUCCUGGAGGCCUACCACCAGAGCCUGCGCACCGUGCAGCUCUACGGCCCCACCAACUUCGCCCCCGUCGUCACCCACGUGGCCAGGAACGCGGCCGAGGUGCAGGAUGGCUCCCAGUACUCCGUGCUGCUCAUCAUCACCGACGGGGUCAUCUCGGACAUGGCACAGACCAAGGAGGCGAUCGUCAACGCUGCCAAACUGCCCAUGUCCAUCAUCAUCAUCGGCGUGGGCCAGGCGGAGUUCGAUGCCAUGGUGGAGCUGGACGGCGACGAGGUGCGGAUCUCCUCCCGGGGGAAGCUGGCCGAGCGGGACAUUGUCCAGUUCGUGCCCUUCAGGGACUACGUGGACCGCACGGGCAACCACGUGCUGAGCAUGGCGCGCCUGGCCCGAGACGUGCUGGCCGAGAUCCCGGACCAGCUGGUGUCCUACAUGAAGGCAAAGGGCAUCCGCCCGCACCCCCCACCUGAGGCCCCCGCCAGCUCACCCUCCCAGUCUCCAGCCCGCACGCCCCCUGCCUCCCCCGUGCACACGAACAUCUGAGCCUGCCCAUGGCGGUGGCUGGGGCCUGAGGAGGCCCGGAGAAGGGUACACUGGGUCCCGAGAGCCCCACCGCCCGCCCGGCCCGGCCUUUGGAACCCGUGUGGCAGACGGGCCGCUGGAGACGCCUUCCCCGUUUCCUGGCCUCACCUGUGGCCCAAACCCAGGGAGCUGGGGUGCAGGCGGGAGAGGCGGGCUCUGGGCCCCUGCUCUUCUCCUCCUCCCCUGACACUUGGUUCUAGUCCAGCCAGGAAGGUGUUAGCAGUCAGGCUGAUGGGGUCCCCCUCACACCCUGGACAGUCCCGUCCGCUCGGGCGCUGAAGCCUGGGCUGGGCCUCCCUCCUCCAGGCCCCCUCGCCCUCCCCUCCGCCUGUGCUGUCCACUCCGCUCCCUGGCCCCCGACCCCCACCCCAGCACCUACCCUGUCCCUGUUCCCAGGGAGCCCCAGGAGGCGGACGGGUUGGCAGGAGGCCUGGACACGUGGCCCUCCCUCCCAGGGACACUUGCUUGCAGUGGGGACCCCGCAGCUCCAUGAAGGGGCGGCUGUGAUGUGGACCGUAGGCCGCCCGAUGGGCCAGCCAUGGAGGCUUUUCAGGCACAAGGUCUUUUCCAUGCCCCUCCAGCCCAGCGUGGCUCUGGUUCUAGACAGAGCCACAGGCCUCUCCCUGGCCGGUGGGCCUGUGGGCACCACAGUUGACUCCGAGCUCCAGGCACCCCUACCUCCCCCCAGAGGCCGCCCAGGGUCCUUGGUGCCCACUCCUCUGCUGCCCACCUAGAGGCCCGGGCAAGCAGCAGCCCAGCCCCGCACGCCCACAUGGCCCCGUCACCCCACAGACAGGAGCCAGGGGUCCUGGGCUCAGGCCCCGCUGCAGCCCCUGCCUGCUGUGGCAGCCUUGGUAUCCACAUCUAUAAAGCUAGAGGGUUGACCAGAUGGUCUGGGGGUUACCUUCCGCUCCGAGG